AUGACAACUAUUUUACCGCAAAGCUUCUUUAUUUUAACUUGCAUCGGUCUUUGGAGACCCGUUGACUGGCAAGGCUGGAAGUGCAUACUCUAUGACAUGUACAGCUACUUUGUCGUCGUAACAAAUUUCGCGUUUUCAUUAUCACAGCUCCUGGAUAUUAUUUUAGUCCGUACUUCAAUAAAUGAAUUAACAAAUAACAUGACAAUGUUACUUGUAAUGGUAACUGCCUGUGGAAAAAUACUCGGAAUUCUUCGCAACCGCAAUGAAAUCCUUCAAAUUAUUAAAUCUUUAGAAGAAAAACCUUUUAAACCUCGUGACCAAUAUGAAAUAGAUAUUCGAAACAAGUAUAUUUAUGUCAGAAUAUCAGGAAUUUUAUUAACGCGAAUUCCAGAAGCUAAAUUACCCGAUGUAUUGCCUUUCAGCAGCUGGUUGCCUUACAAUUAUUCAAACCCGAAAAUUUACUUACUAACUGCUGCUCAGCAAAUUAUUAAUUCUCUGAUUAGUACCUACGCUCAGGUUGGUUUCGAUACUCUCUUUCCUGGAAUGAUGAUGUAUGUUUCUGCACAAACAAAUAUACUCCAGUAUCGUUUCAAAAAAGUUAUCAAAGCUCUUGAGAAAAUUAAUCUCAAAAAUUGUGCCGACCAAGUCAAGAAUCAUAAAGACGCUGAGAAAAACAUUAUUACUGAGUGGGUCGAGUGCCAUAUUGCUGUUUUAAGAAAAUUCAAGUUUGCAGAUCUUAAUGAUGAAAUGUAUAACACCGAUUGGUUCAAUCUGAGUAUAAAUGCUAAAAAAUCCAUGAUUAUAAUCGUCCUGAAAACAUUUCAACCUGUGGUUUUCAUGUCUGGUUAUAUCGUCACACUUUCAAUUGAAUCCUUCAAAAGUGUAAUGAAAUUAUCUUACUCUAUUUAUAAUAUGCUUGGUCAGGUCGGCGCAUUUGGAAAAAUAAUUGGGGUUCUUUGCAAUCACAGAAUGAUCGCUUAUGUCGAGUAA